CCGCAUCGUGGCCUCCCGACAGGGAUCCUCCUUCACCCUGGCUGAGCACUAUAAAACAAGAGACAUCUCCAUCAUAAACAGCUGAACAAUGGCCAGACGCUGGCCUUCGUGAAGGUACCCCUGGCCUGCUGUUCCUCAUACACCCUUCCCCCUGCACUCUUUAUCAAAAACAAACAAUCUGCCCCUGUGACCUUACUAAACAAAGGCUUCUCGCCCCUCACCGUCUCACCCUCCGACAAAGCCUAAGGUUGAUCAUGCGCAUGAGUCCCGAAUGACAUAAUUGUGCUGGAUUCUACGAAGUUAGCAUAGAUUCCUGACAUAUUCACCAGCUGGAGCAGAGUCCGAUCAUUUUGCGCUGCCGUGCUGAAGCAUAGAGCUACGGUAGCGCAACCGCAGCUAGCGCAGCUAGCGCAGCUGUCGGAUCGGAACCAGCUGCUAAGGGAGAAUGUGUCGCUGUUGCCGUGCAGAUGCGGAGUUGCGCAUCGGGGAGCUGCAGUGGGGGGACAGUGGCAUCUACUCAUGCAAGGUGAUCAUCGGUGAUGACGUGGACGGCGAGACAGAAGGGCAGCUGGAGCUGCUGGUGCUCGGUAAGACAGGUGUGCUGGAUGACGUCCUGCCUGAGUUUGAGCUAGAGAUUAUGCCAGAGUGGGUGUUUGUGGGAUGUGUAGUCCUGGCUGGUCUGCUGUUCCUGUUGUUCAUUGGGGUGUGCUGGUGUCAGUGCUGCCCACAUUCCUGCUGCUGUUAUGUACGCUGCUGCUGCUGCCCAGAUACCUGCUGCUGCCCAAAGCAUUUAUAUGAAGCAGGGAAGCAGGCUAAUAGUGGACAGCCCACCCAGAUUGCCAUGUAUUCCCCGUACUACAUUCCGGGUGUUCCCAUUGUGCCUCGCGCUGUACCACCUAUCGCUGAGCCCACAAUAUCUGCAGCACCCCCACCUAUGGAGAGCAAUAUGACUGGAGUGCGCAGUGGAUAUCGUCUCCAGGCCAGUCAGGGUCAGGACGUUAUGAAAGUUGUGUACUACAUAGAGAGGGACCUGGCACAGUUCCGCACGGCCAAGGGGGCCAGCCAUCCAUCUCGCAGCCUAUCAGAAUUGAGCUCCCUGCACGAGGCUGAUGUAGACUUCAGGCAGACCUAUCGGCAGGUGCAGAAGAAAGCUCUGCAACCAAUCGGCGACCACGAAGCUGAGUCACACAUCUGCACGGCCCCCACAGGUCCCGGGCUCCGGUCCGCACGCUAUCAGAGCACUCGCGAUGAGGAGCAGGUCAGCAGCAGGUGGAACCCGCGGUCAGAACACCUGCACAGGAAGGCCUUCGAUGGCAGGGGUCGCACCGGCUCUCUGGACGAGCUGGAGGAGUUUGCGAGGAGCUACGGCCCCCGAGCUGGGCGGAGGGUUGACCCCCGUGGACCCCAGCGAGAUUUUGAAAUGGAGCUGAGGCCGCAAGACCCACGGUCAACAUACCGGGACAGGCCACACCGUUUCCAUGACGCCGCCGAUGAAUGGUACCAGCGUAGCCCUCCUCCAUCUCCACGAAGGAGACGGGACACGGGCGCCAGCGAGCGGUACGCCGCCCGCAGCCUAUCGUACGACGACACCUACCUCACCUCCCUGCUGGAACGCAAGACCAGGGAGCGUGGAGAGCGUGGCGGGUGGGCCGACGAGGACAGCGACACGCCCUCCAAGGACAGCUCCAAGAACAGCCGGUCAGCCAGCUACCGGCCUGAGGAGGAUGACCCCUUGCCUCCGUACUGUGAGGCGGAGCGCUAUCGGGCGGAGAAAGGCACAGAACGGGAGCGGUAUCGCACCCUGGAGAAUGCCGCGCAGCCCUUCUCUUAUACCCGCCCCAGUCACGGCACCUCGCGGACCCUGAAGGAGCGCAGGGAGGACAAGGAAAAGCCCAGGAAACUGACCUCACAUCUAAGCAGAGAGUCCCUCAUUGUUUGAAGCCAUGGGUGAGGCUCCAGAGCCCAGAGUACCCACUCUGCCGAUCAGCCUGGACUCUUAAGGCUGCAUGCAUCGGUCCGCAGAGAGAUGCACAGGGUAACAUGAAUCGAUCUGCACUGUGCACCUUGUGUGCCCGAGGAACAGUGGCACUGGAGCCAGGUGUUAAUCACAAUCAGGAAUGCAGAGAUAAUGCACGUGUGUGUGCGUGUGUGUGUGUGUGUGCGUGUGUGUGCACGCGCGCGUGCGUGCGUGUGUUUGAAACAUACAUAAUUAUUGCAUUCAUGGAUGUGAAUUCCAAACUAUAUUCAUCUCUUUAGUGAUUGCGGUGUUUACAGAAGGAAACUGAAUGCUUGCUCAGUUUACGCCAUAAAACCCCUGUAGACUGAACAAAGACUCAUAAGACUUUGUAGUAUUAUUCUUACCAAGAGCCUUGAUGUUUUGUACUGGUUAAAUACUGUAUUUGGAUGCUGGCCUUUAUUAUUCUUUUUAUAGUUUUGCACUUUAGAGUAAAUUUACAUUUCAGUGUUAUUCAGUGUAACAAAUGACUGCAGUUCAAAUAAUGUGCCACUUAUUUGAAAUAAUGAUUGUUUUGAUAUAAACCCUUACUAUCUAA